CCGAAUCAUUAGUUACCAGUUACGGUUUCAGCAAAGAUGAAGGCCUUUAUUGUACUCCUCGCUUUGGUUUCUCUCGGGUGCUCAGCACCUCAACAGCGAAAGGUCUUCCACGAGCAUGUUGAAGAUUUUCUAAUUCUUAUCGGAGACAGAGUCGGCCAGGAGUUGACAGAGCUCGCGUAUCAAUAUUCGGAAUUUGACGAGUUCCAAGCAUCUCUCGAUUACUUAGCGUCGACAGAUUUCAAAAAUCUCGUAUUCGAGAUGGAAGCUUUGCCUGAAUUUAAAGCUGUAAUCGACUUUUUGGAACAGGACAACAUAGAUAUUUUAUACUUCAUCGAUAGAUUUAAUGCUCUAUUGGAGGGAGUCCCUGUUGUUUCUAAAGCAUCGAAGGGUGUACGAGUUGAACCAAGUGGAAGGGAUUUCACCUCCUUCGUCAGAGACAACAUUGAUCUCUUCCCGAAAGAUGAGUUAUCCGCUCUAUUUGACCAGAAGAUCGCUGAAGAUGACGAUUUCAGGGUAGCCUUCGAGAAUCUUAACAGUGAUGAAUGGAGGAGUAUCUUUGGUGCUUUAUGGGAGAGUGAAGUUUUCCUCGCUGAAGUCCAAACUUUGGCUGACAACGGAAUCGAUUUUGGAAUUCUUAUUUACGAAAUUGUUGCCAUUUUUGGACUCAAUUAAAUUUUUAUUUAACUCCCGUAUCGUUCAGUAAUGUACAUAUAAAUAUAGAAUGUAAAAAUAAAACAAAAUAAUUUAUUCACACA